AUGUCUGACGAUACUUAUGCGAAUAGCACUGAGCAAUCUGGCGUGGAGCUUCCCGGCAGUACCGGGGAUUCUUCAGCAAACCCUAAUGAACGGAAGUCGCGUACUCACAGUACUACAUCAGCAGCUAAAAAAACCGAAAUAAAAAGUGGUGAUGUAUCGAAAGAGUCUGAUGAGCAGCAAUCUAAUACUCAAAAUACUAAGCAGUUAGUCAAAGAAUCCAACGAAAAAAGUAAACACUCAUCGGUGGAUGGCAAUAAACAAAAGCCUCUGACUCAUACAACUACAUCAACCGCUGAAAAAUCCGAAAGAAAAAGUAAAGCCUUAUCAUCCAACCGUAAUGAAAAGAAAUCCUCUACUGGAAAAACUCAAUCAGGAAAUCAAAACUCAGUCGAAGAAGUUUUGCAAGUGUUGGAAGAUUUAGACGAAAAGAACAAAAAAAAAUUCUGCUUGCAAAAGGUUCCGCCGCUGUCGCUUUGCCAAAGUAUUCGAUCGACUAUCGGCGUCCAGUCGAAAGAUGGGCCAUGGAAACCGACUGGAUUUAACUAUGGGCAAAGAAAAGGAAAAACCCUAGAAGAGCAACAGGAAGAAAAAAAGAAAAAAAGGCAAGAGGAAGAAAAGAGAAGGGAAGAAAAGAGAAUGGCAGAGGAGAAAAAGAGGGAAGAAAACAAACUGCUUCAUACAAAAGGAAAACCUAGCAAGAAUCCCUGGUGUCCAACUGGUAAUUUAAAGCACAAUCGAGUAAGGUAUUUUGAUCCUCCAGGUUUGAGGUGGUCAUCAAAGGAGGUCAGAGACUAUGUGAUUGAGAAAACCCACAAAGAUUAGAGCGCAAUUAUGAAUGGAAAAUGAUUACGAACAAUUGUUUGAUUAUAUAAUAUAUUAUGGACUUGACAUUAGACAUAAUAUUUAUCUUUUAUUCGAUUCAAUUACAAAAUAAUAUGAAACUAUAGAAAACAUGCUACUAUGGAAUUGAUAAAGUUUAAUAAAGGUGCAUACUGGGGUGUGGGUGUGGGUGUGGGUGUGGGUGUGGGUGUGGGUGUGGGUGUGGGUGUGGGUGUGGGUGUGGGUGUGGGUGUGGGUGUGGAUGUGGGUGUCGGUGUCGGUGUCGGUGUGGGUGUGGGU